AUGGAGGUCCCGCCUUUGAACCUGCCACAGGAGCUGCUGCACUUCAUGCAUCGGGAUGAGAUGAAGGAGCCGGCGAAGCCGGCAGAUUUGCUCAUCCCCCUGACGCCCCUGAACGAGGAGCACUACACCGAAGCUGCGCAGACGGAGCGUGCAGGGCACGGUCGGCCCAACCAAAAGGUCCGGCCUUUCCUGCAGAAACCUGCUCGCACGGCGAGACCUAGCAUCGACAGAUCUGCCAGGAUUGCACAAGGUCAUCGCCAAAGAGAUAUGUCUCCGAUCACGGCUGCUCGAGAAGCUACAGCGAAGCAGGCCAAGCAGCGCUCCCGGCGUGGUCGUGGCAGCGACACGGAGCCGAAGCAGCUGCCUUUACAUCGGGAGAUUGAUAUGGGCUGGCGGGAUCUGCUGGACGAGAUCGCGACCUCUGGCCGGCGAGUGCGGCUGGCCAGAGGUGGCCAGACGACCAUUUUACCACAAUCUCAGGCAGUCAAAGAGACUGCGCGAGCUUAUCUGCGCACGCCCUCCCCAGACGAGCUGCAGAUCUUGCCAGAUGUUGAGGAAUCCAGGCCCCGAUCGCGGACACGCUCGAACAUGUCCCCAGCCCCAGAGGAAUGCAGGCCCCGAUCCAGGACGCGCUCAACCGUCUCUCCAGCCCCAGAGGAAGGCAGGGCACGAUCGCGCACACGCUCGAACAUGUCUCCAGCCCCAGAGGAAUGCAGGCCGCGAUCGCGAACGCGCUCCAACAUCUCUCCAGCUCCAGAAGAGACACUUGAGGAAGCAGACCCUGUACUGCCGGACGAUGUGCAGGACGAUGGCCUGUGGCUUUCCUAUCGGAUCACGGAGGAAAAGGUGCCCACGGCAGUCCUGACGAAGCUCUGGAAUUUGGCAGUGGAUCCCCGGAAGGACGAGGACAUCCCCCCAAUGGAGCACGUGCCACGGCUCACCGUGGCAAAGCGGGAGGUUCCUCUCCCCACAGUGCACGACAUCCCCCAGUGGCGCCGCACUAACCUGCGCCGCAGAGAGCAGCGGAAGCUGCGUCGAGAGGCAGAGCGGAACCCGACGCUGGAUGAGAUGCUGACAAGCAUCUUCGGCGAACCGGAGAUGGAGAAGCUGCUGACGGCAGAGAAUCACGUCUACCAAUUUCGAGCAGCUUCCCUGCUAGCUGCCGUGGCCGAUGAGAUGUCGUCGCCAAGCGCCAUCCAGCUCCUGAUGGACGAGUUCUUGGACUCCCUUCCCGGCCACCAAAACCUGGAGCCCAAGCUUGUGGGGUCCUUGCGUCGCGGUCGCCGCGGGGCCUUCGACGAAGGGCAGGCCUCUGCGAAGUUGGCGCUCUCCAUCGCGGAGCAGCAAGCGAGGCUUGACAAGAAUCUGGUUCGCAACAGAAGGCUGCGCCGGGGGGCGGAGCACGCGAGGGCCUGGAGAUGGGAUCUCCAGGCCGUCUCCUCGGCGGAGAUGCUGCUGCUCCGGGAGAAGAAGGAAGAGGUUCGCAUCAAGCUCAUGAAGGAGGUGGAGAGGCGUGAGAAGGCCGCCGAUGCUCACAUGAAGGAUGUGGUGAAGGCUUGCACGGCCGCCUACGAGAAGUGCGAGAAGCGGGCCGGUCGUUUCCAUUCGGCCUUCGUGCGGAGACAAGGGAGCCUCAGUGAUAGCUUGCAGAGGAGAGUGAAGCGAAUCCAGUACGACCAUACGGAGAUCCAGCAGAUGAAGGAACAAUCCAUUCUUCCCAGCGUCAUUGGCCAACCACAAUCGGAGUCCGACAAGGCCACCCACCUUUCUGUGCUCCAUUACCUGAAGCCUCACCGAGUCCACGUGGAGAAGAAAAGGCAAGAGGCCCACUCCAUCUACAUGGCGCAGGUAGAUAAGAUCCAGCACUACCAGCGAGUCCUCGCCGACCCAAAGCGCGAGCCAGACAGGGGCGAAGUGUUCCUCAGCCGAUGCUUUCGCUAUGUGUUGGCUGCCGGGCUUGCCGUGGAUGAUGCGUACUUCUUCCGAGUCCUGUCGCAGAUGCAGCCCGAGGAUUUCGAAAAGGUUUACACCGUCAACUUCCUGGCGGCCUGCUGUGAUGCUUUCAGCAUCUCCACGCGGCAGUACUUUCAGUUUCUGGAGAAUUCAGGCUUAUCCUGCCUAGUGCCCAUGCCCCAAGAGGGCAAAGCCCUCAUCUACGACGACACGGCGGCUUGGGAUCAGCUCUGCGUCGCCCCAGCUCAGCUGGAUCCGGAGUCCUGGGCCACACCGCUGCCCCUCUACCCGGUCUUGCCCAAAGAGACGCCCAGGACCUCGGCGUUGGUCAGCCGGGACGAGCCACUCCUGGAUAUCCUGGAGUCAGAGGUCUUCGAUAUGGUCUUACAGCGCUACAACCUGGGUUCUAAGGGAAAGGCGAGCCUGGUAUCCCAGCUGGUCUCCCUGGCCUCGCGCCGCGCCAGUGAGGAGACGCAGCCUUCGACGAUGACCCUGGCAAAGCAGGCCACUUUGUCGACUCUGCCCUCGGAGAAGCUUCCCUACGAGGCCUCACCGGAGCCCGCGGAGGAGACAAAGCCCAUGCUGCCGCGGCCGCCAAUGCAGAUGGCCUCGCCACCCGUUCUUUGCCGAGGUGGUGGGAAGGUCUCGGUGGUCAGUGGCCGGCCUUUCGUGGUAAAAAGCCAUCAAACCCUUCAGAAGGCACGAGGAGUGGCUGAGCCCAUGUCCGUUUUGGCCCAGCAGGGAAGCUCCCGAACAAAGCGGAGCCCCCGGCGGGGCCCAUCGACCCUGGGCUCCCUGCAGGAGAGCACCGUCUCGAGCUUCUUCUCCUAG